GGGCACCCGGAACCGCCGCCUCUAGGGAUGGACGGUCAGAGCCUGCGAAAGGCCGAGAGAAGCCAGUCCUGCUCCCGGGAGAAAAAGGAGGGUUACUCUAAGGACAUGGUGACAGACUUUGAUGAGAAGCAUGAUGAGUAUUUAAUCCUACUUCAGCAGAGAAACCGGAUCCUGAAGCAUUUGAGAGCCAAGGACCCGAUGCAGCUGCGGCUGGAGCACUUGGAGCAGGGCUUCUCCGUCUACGUCAACGGGGCCAACUCUGAGCAGAAGGCGUCCCCGCGGAAGGCCAUGCACCCCGACUCUUCCAGAAGUGCCUCACACGCUGAGGGGAUACUUGAUUACCCGCGAAGAAAUCUACUCCGCGAAGCCGAAGACGCCUCCCGGCGCGCUUCCCAGACGGCCCCCAGCAAGGUGCAGCGGCGCGGAUGGCACCAGAAAUCAGUGCAGAUCAAAACAGAAGCCGGCUCCAGACUCCACAUCGAGCCCCCGCUGGACUACUCGGAAGAUUUUGAGUUGAGUGAGGAUGCCGAAGCCAAAAGCAUGGAUGCUUCUGGGGAUCAGCCACAGGAGCUGAGAAGCAGCCUGGACCUUAGCACACAGAGAAGGCACAAGGGUUGUCCCAGCAGUGACGAAGAAAGUGAUGAUUCUAUCGAAGAAGAUGUCCCCUCUGAGCUUGAGCCUGAGGGUCCUCCCGGAGACGACUCUCCUCUCUCCGCUGGGGAUGCAGCCCAGAAGGAUGCCCUCGAGGACCAGCAGAGCGAGGGACGCCCUCCCCAGGGCCCCGACACCCUGGUGGUGCUGGAAUUCAAUCCUACUUCCAAAAGUCACAGAACGGAAAGGAAUCUGUCAGCCAAAAGGAAGGACAACGCUGAGGUCUUCGUCCCCAGCAAACCUGAGCCAAACCUGAACCCCCAGGCUGCUGCCGUGGGCCUGGACCAGGAGAGAGUGUGCUCAAGACCUGCAAGCCGGCGAGAGAGACCCCUGUCUGCAAUGCGCAAGCUCGUGGUGGAGGUUGAGGACAGGCAGGAGGAUGCCUCGGCUGUGCUGCGAGCCAUCCAGGUGGAGAACGCAGCCCUGGGGAGGGCGCUGCUCGGCGGAAAGGCGGAGUCCCCUGCCAGCCCACUGCAGGCUGCCGAAGGACCGCUGACAAAACCCUGGGCCCACCUGCUGAAGAAGGAAGAGGAAGAGGAGAGCCAUGAGUGCCUCCCCAGUGUGCCCAGGUCCUGCUCACCAGGCCCACCCAGGGCAGCAGAGGGAACCGAAGGCACCAAGCAAGCCCUCGACAGAACUGACAAGCUGGGAAGCAGACAGCAGCUGAAGCUUCCAGAAACACUGCAGGCCAUGGAAAGUGAUCGUGUGCAUUUCAGUGAGGUGGCAGCAUCACUGACCCAGGAGCAAGUACUAGACCCGGAGGACCAGUGUGGCAGGAGAGCGGAGAUCAGAGACGCUGUGCAUGUGACUAUGGAGAUCCUGUCCAACUGGGGCAGCGCGCUGUGGGUGGGUCUCACCGAGGUGGAGUUCUUCGACCAGAACAACACAAAGCUGUAUGUGUCGCCCCACGACGUGGACAUCUGUCACAUGGCCACGCCGGGGGAGCUGGGCCACCUCGUCAACAGGAACCUGGCUAACACGCAGGAUGCCUCCCCGUGGAUCUGCCCCUUCCACCCACCGCUCCAGCUCAUGUUUGUCAUCCGCAACACAAGGCAGCUGUGCGAUUUCGGGCUGGCCAAGGUCAAGGUCUGGAAUUACUGGACAGCGGAUGGUGACCUUGACAUCGGUGCCAAGAACGUGAAGCUUUAUGUCAACGAGAACCUCAUCUUCGAUGGCCAGUUAGACAAAGGAGGUGGCGAGACCCCGGCUGGCCCACAGAGCAUCCUGGUCAACCCGAAGGCUGAGCAGAGCAAGAGGGCAGGGAACACCAUGGAGGAUCCCAAAAGCACAGAUGCCCCAGAUCUGGCCAGUGCCAUGGCAGGGGACCAAGAUCUCUGCAUCCACCACCCACAACCAGCUGCAGCAGGCAUCGAGGUGACAACAGCUUCCCAAGGUGAUUUUGUUAGCAAAAGACCAAAACCCUCUGAUUGCUGGAAGGACCAUCUGCCCACGUCGGGGGAAGAGUCUUCGGCAGCCUCCGCCAUAGUGAGUGACAGCCCCAGCUCCCCCGCCCCCACUCCACCUGGGCAAGGCCCUCCCCCAGGUACAGAACUUUCUCUGAGCCAACAAUUAGAGAACUUCACGGGCAGCAAAAUCCCCCAGCCACUGGGGAAAACCCCGCCCUGGUUACUGCCUUCUCCUGCCCCUGCUGCUGCUGCCGGGAGGGGCAGGAAACCCAAGCCCUUGUGGCUAGGUCCUGAGAAGGCGCCAGACUGGACAGCGGACAGUGGCAUCAGCGAGGAGCCCAGAGAGCCCAAGGCCAAAGAUGGAGGCCCCCAGCCCCAGCUAGGGCGGGUGACCAGCUGGAGCACCAUCGCUGGAGACAGGCUCCAGUCAUUGGUCCCCAAGAUCUGCAGUGAUGACUUCGACCUCUUCAGCCAGCACCCGACCAGGGAGCGGCCCGCCAGCGGGAGGAGGAGCACCAGGAAGGAGACGCUGCUCUGCAGUAGUCAUGGCGACGGGCAGCUAGCAGGCAGAGGAGACAACUGGUCCACCAGGACCCCGCCACGGUCAAGGUGGUGCAGCGAGCAGGAACACACACUGCAUGAGUCCUGGAACUCCCUAAGUGCCUUCGACCACUCCCACCGGGGCCGCAUCUCACACCUAGAGUCCCAGGGGGACAUCCUGGAUGAGUUCCUACAGCAGCAGAGGGGCAGCCGGCAGGUUGAGCCAUCCAUGACCCCGCCAGGGAAGGGACAGCUGGAACCACAGCUGGGGCAGGAGAUGACAGACAGCACGGAGACCAGCACUGUUGGCCCUGCCUCCACCAACAACACCAAUGACGGUGACUUUAAAAUCCCUGUCUUGCCUUAUGGGCAGCACUUGGUCAUCAACAUCACAUCCACCUGGGGGGACAGACACUAUGUAGGCCUGAACGGCAUCGAGAUCUUCAGCUCCCAGGGCGAGCCUGUGCAGAUCGCCAGCAUCCGAGCAGAUCCCCCCGAUAUCAACAUCUUACCGGCCUAUGGGAAAGACCCCCGCGUGGUUGCCAACCUCAUUGAUGGGGUGAACCGGACACAGGAUGACAUGCAUGUCUGGCUGGCCCCUUUCACACCUGGCCAGUCUCACUCCAUCUCCAUCGACUUCACACACCCUUGCCAAGUCGCCCUCAUCAGGAUCUGGAACUACAACAAGUCUCGCAUCCACUCCUUCCGUGGUGUGAGGGACAUCACCAUGCUGCUAGACACACAGCUCAUCUUCGAAGGCGAGAUCGCCAAGGCCUCGGGAACGCUGAUCGGAGCCCCCGAGCACUUUGGGGAUACGAUCUUGUUCACCACCGACGACGACAUCCUGGAGGCCAUCUUCUGCGCGGAUGAGAUGUUCGACAUGGAUGUGCAGACCCUGUGCCACCUGCAGCUCGAUGAGGCGCUGCAGAGGCCCAGCACGGCGGAUGGCAGCGGCGACGAGCGGCCCUUCACCCAGGCUGGCUUAUGGGCAACAGAUGACUGGGGCCCGGGACCGGAGGUGCCUGACAGCCCCCCUGUGCCUGAAGUUGCCACGCCGGAGCCAGGUGUCUACCACGGCAUCUGCCUGCAGCUGAAUUUCACUGCCUCCUGGGGGGACCUGCACUACCUGGGCCUCACUGGCCUGGAAGUGGUGAGCAAGGAUGGCCAGGCCCUGCCUAUCAGCCUGCACCAGCUCUCCGCCUCCCCCAGGGACUUAAACGACCUCCCCGAGUACACGGAUGACUCCCGGACCCUGGACAAGUUGAUCGAUGGCACCAACAUCACCACGGAGGAUGAGCACAUGUGGCUCAUCCCCUUCUCGCCGGGGCUGGACCACGUGGUCACGAUCCGCUUCGACAGAGCUGAAAGCAUCGCGGGCCUGCGCUUCUGGAACUACAAUAAAUCUCCCGAGGACACCUAUCGCGGGGCCAAAAUCGUCCACGUGUCCCUGGACGGCUUGAGCAUCUCCCCGCAGGAGGGCUUCCUCAUCCGCAAGGGCCCAGGCAACUGCCACUUCGACUUUGCCCAGGAAGUGCUGUUUGUGGACUAUCUGCAGGCCCGACCGCUGGCGCCCCCAGCGGCCAGGAGGCUUGACACCAGCAGCCUGGAACGGGCAAGCAUGGACUACGAGGCCCCGCUGAUGCCAUGCGGCUUCAUUUUCCAGUUCCAGCUGCUGACCAGCUGGGGUGACCCCUAUUACAUCGGCCUCACGGGCCUGGAGCUGUAUGACGAAUGGGGGGACAGGAUCCCCUUGUCUGAGAACAACAUUGCCGCCUUCCCAGACAGCGUGAACUCGCUGGAGGGCGUGUGCGGAGACGUUCGCACGCCCGACAAGCUCAUCGACCAGGUGAACGACACCAGCGACGGCAGACACAUGUGGCUGGCUCCCAUCCUGCCCGGCUUGGUGAAUCGUGUUUAUGUGAUUUUCGAUCUGCCUACCACCGUGUCGAUGAUCAAACUGUGGAAUUAUGCGAAAACACCCCUUCGAGGGGUGAAGGAGUUUGGCCUCCUGGUGGAUGACCUGCUCGUGUACAACGGGAUCCUGGCCAUGGUGAGCCAUCUGGUCGGGGGCAUCCUGCCCACGUGUGAGCCCACGGUGCCCUACCACACCAUCCUGUUCACCGCGGACGCGGACAUCAGUCACCAGGAGAAACACACCAGCAUCGGUAACCAGGUGGAAGACCAGGAUGUCCAGAUGAUGAAUGAAAACCAAAUCGUGACCAACGCCAAGAGGAAGCCAGGCGCUGUGGACCCAGCCUUACGCCCCAAAACCUGCAUAAGCGCGAAGGAGACAGGGAGACGGUGGCGGUGCUGACCUCCAGGCUGGAGCAAGAGCGGAUCUUGACAGCAUCUGGUGUCCUCUGUCGCCGGUGGCCAGGGGCCGUGAGAACCCCGCGGGGUGAGGGGGGAGCCCGCUGGGAAGAAGGACUACACUGUACAGGGCUUCUGGGUUCCUCCCCUUCUGCCUCUCCUGUGCAACGCAGCACGCAGCCGCACUUGGGCCAACAGCGGAGGUGGAGUGUUGUGGGGCCAGGGAGGGGGGACUCUACCCAGCAUCCUAGAUCCCAGAGCAGGUGCUAAGAACAGGAAGAGCACUCGCAUGCGCGCGGGCCCCAGGGGCUUGCCUGCAGAGGCCCCCAAGGAUGGAAGCAGUGCACGGCACGCGCGCGCACGCAAACACACCACAUACGCGCGCGUGCGCGAACACACUCGCACCGCCUCCUUCCGGGGCUCAGAGAGUGACUGUAUUUCUGUCCCAGGUUCUGGAAUUUAUCCCCAGGCCACUUGAGAAGGACUGGACCCCGUUGGAGUGGGGCGCUUGUCCUGUGUGGGUUCCUGCCUUGGGUGUGUGUCCUGGGCAUCUGUGAACCAGAGGCCUGCAAUCAUCCUGUCGCCGGGUCUGGAAGUGGUGGCCAGGUGGCUGUAUCCCCGGACCUCCCUCUCUCCACAUACGGAGCGGAGCACAGUGUUGGAGCACUGCACCCCACGCCCUCCGACCCAGCCGCCCCACCUCCCCUUGCACUUCAGCUCUGGAGAAAAUCACCCUCAUUGUCCUUACUGCUAGGCCCAUCACCGAUCCCGGAUCCCUUCCGAUCCGAUCUGAGCCCCCCUUGACUCGGGGAGCCCUGUGAGUGUUGCGGGGUGAGGGGGCGGCGGGUCCUGGCUGGGGUAUAGGGUGGCAGAGAGGAAGGGGUCUCCCCUCCCCCACCUGGUAGGAACUAGCGUCUACCGCCCCAGCCCAGCGAGGGCCCGCGCGUAUCUAUUUCCAUCUCUGUAACAAGCUCGGAUCAGGGACCUAAUUGGUUUCCCAGUGGUGGGUAAUUUCUCCUUCCAAAUAUUAAUCCGUUGUUUUGCUGGCGCGCAGCCCGGCCCGCCGCCCCUGCGCUGUACUCGCAAGGCGAGCUAGUGCGUUCGCAUGCAGCCGAGAACCCCGGCAAAUACUUUAUGAGCUUUGCAGAUCGCACGGGCGCACGCGCGAGUGGGGCCAUGCAAAUACCCUGUUUCGUGGAGGCGCGGACCCGGGGUGAGGAUGCGAAUUGUUUCUGCUGGAGAAGAUCCAUCAUUUGCGAAGCUUCCCGGGCUCCCACAUGUCACACCCCACCCCUUCAGCAGAGGAUCACAGCGGUUCUUGGGAACCAAACUAAGGCAGUGCUUUUACGGGGAACUGUCGUCCUCCACCCAACACCCUUCACCCUCUCCCCACUAAGUGGGGUUGGGGGGGUUGGCAGGGCCGACCAGGUUGGAUCUGUGGGGGUCAGCAGGGCUGGCCUGCAUGGACCUGGGCUCCCACUUUCUCAGCUGGUUUUGCUAAUAAGUGUAUGGAUGUACAAUUUAGGAAAGGAGGCAGGAAAAAACCCCUAUACGGGCAUUAACUGUAACAUAAAUUUCUAUUUUUUUCUCCUCUUGCAAAAUCAAUAAAAGAUGUUAUUA